AUGGAUUCUUAUCCAUCUUCCCAGACCUCAAAAUUUGUUGAACUACUAAAUAGUCAACAAAGCAUUUCAUUUGGUAACUAUGAGGACAAUGUCUCAUUAUCCUCAUCACAAGCUCCGUAUCUACGCAAUCUAGGAACCGAAGAUGGUGGAGAGACUGGUACAGAGCGGAGAGAACGAAGGAAGUGGGCGCCUGUGGAUGAUAUUCUGCUCAUUAGCUCCUGGUUAAACACAAGUAAAGAUCCAGUGGUUAGCAAUGAGCACAAAUCAGGCGCUUUCUGGACAAGAGUAGCAGCUUACUUUGCAGCGAGUCAGAAGGUCUCUGGUUGCGACGAGAGACUGGUUGCGACAAGAGAGAGGCAAGUCAUUUUCUGUGGAGCCUACGAAGCUGCAACAAGGGAGAGAAGCAGUGGCCAGAACGAGAAUGACGUGUUGAAGCUUGCUCAUGAGAUAUUUUACACCAACCAUAAGAAGAAAUUUAGCUUGGAACAUGCUUGGAAGGAGCUGAAGAACGACCAGAAGUGGUAUUCUUCAAGCUCUCGAGCUACUGAGACUGUGCGUCCACCUGGUGUUAAAGCCACAAAAGCCGCUGGUGAGAGCGUGGAGCAUUGGGAGUCUUGUCUGUGUGUUUGA